AUGGAUGGAGUGGUUUAUCCACUCUACCGAUUCUUCAUAUCCAUCGGUCUCCUCGUCUGGGCUUGCGUAGAGAUACCGCUGGAAGUAAAGCGCAGCCGGGAGGAGGGCACAAAGCUCUACUACUUUCUCUACGCUACCAACUGGGGUUUCCUCAUUUACACUAUCAGCUCCAACGCCUUCGCCAUUUUUGCCACUUAUUUCAAUUGCAACAAGGAGAAGACUGUGCCAAAGUGGUUUGCUAAUCUGCUGUGGUUCUUCUACGAGUUGGGAAUGAACGUUGUGCUGAUCACCUCUUCCGUGUACUGGAUAGCCUUGUGUUAUCCUACAUACACGCGAUUCCAUCGACCGGAGGCACGAUGCAAGCACAUAUUGCCUGCACUCACGGUGCUCUUGGACAUGUGGGUGAACGGACUACCAAUUAACCUCCUCCACGCCAUCUACCCCGUUACUUUGGGUUUCAUCUAUGCCAUCUUCUCCUACAUCUACUACGACACGAAGGACACACAUCCUAUCUAUCCGGUCCUUAACUGGAGCAGACCCGCCGAGGCUGCUGGUGCCAGUGCCGUCACCAUCACCUUAACCAUCGUUAUUCAAAUCUUCCUCUAUCUGCUCUAUGUCGGUCGUAUCGCGGUGAGCUACCGAUUGAGGGGAAGAGGUACAGCAAUAGUAGAGGAGUGGUGGAGCAGAUCUCAAAAUACGGUCGACGAAACUUACAUUGAAGAGGAGACCAAAUAG